CGGGACGCGUGCCGAGGGGUUUAACUCCGUGCUGGGCGCCUGCGCGGCUUCUUUCUCCGGCAAAGCAUGGCCCAACAGGAGACCUACGGCAACUGGUUGGGUCCCCCACCGCCACCCGCCAAGCGGCUGGUGAGGCAAGCAGGAAUUUACUCCGUCGCUGGGAAAAUGACGCCCAUGGGUGACUUCAGACCAGCAUCCCCGGACAGUUUUGAGGAUGAUUACGACGACGUGUCCCUGUCGGAAUCGGAUCGUGGCUGCAAGCCAGCGGCGGCCCACGAAAAUCUGCACGGCCAGAAGAGCAAAGCAGGCACAGGGGUUUACACCCUGGCAGGGAAACCAGCAUCUCCAAAUCCUUCCCAAAAGGGUGACCUGGAGCCCAGAGGUGGCAGGAGACAGAGCCGGAGGAUGACGUCGGUGGCCGUCCUCUACGUUCUGGUAGCGUUGAGCUUCGCUGCCUGGGUUCUGCUCUUCACGCUGACCAUGAUGAAGCAGGUGGAAAUCAUGGCAGAAUUAAAGCUCUUGAGGUCAAACUACUCGGAGAACCAAGCCAACGUGCAGCAGGGGCUGUUGGAGACGCAACGGGAACAGACGCGGCUGCGGAGCGGGAUGCAGAAAUAUUACGAGGAAUUGCAGGACGUCACAGCGGUGAUUUGCAGAGCUGUCCCGGAGAGCAAGAAAUGCUCGGUUGGCUGGAAGAUCUUUGAGAAAAGCUGCUACUCCUUCUCGACGGAGAUGAUGAGCUGGUCGGACGCCAAGGAGACCUGCAUCGACCAAGGCGCUCACCUGGUCACCGUCAACUCGGAGCCGGAGCAGGAGUUCCUGAAGAGCAACAUCAACAGCAGCAGCACGUACUGGCUGGGGCUGACGGAUCAGGUGGAGGAAGGCAACUGGGUCUGGGCUAACGGCGAACAGACAAGCAUUAGCUACUGGAACACGUGGAAGAAGGACAAAGACAAGGACCAGAAGGACUGCGGCAGCAUCGGGCCCGACGGCAUCUGGAAUGACGACAGAUGUUCCCACUUCAACCACUGGAUUUGCGAAAAGUCCUGGAAUUGCUGA